GAGAGACGCGUUAGGAGACACGCGCUGUUACAGCACCCUGACGCGCACAGUCGCAUUCACCAACACACACACACACACACACACACACGCUGUCUCUCUCUCUCUCUCUAUAUAUAUAUAUAUAUAUACCCCGAGGCAACACUAUCUCUCUGCCACACACACACACACACUGUGGAAUAGUGAACAUGCACGGACGGGACGGAUAAUCAGACUGGACCCCGCGCUUCACCUUCACCUUGUGGAUAACCUGGAGACCUGAACGCGCCUUUAGCGCACGGAAGGAGAGCGGCGACGCGCACAGGAAUAUACUCCCUUCUUCACCUUGUACUUUUAUCUGCUUUAUUUAAAAAAAAAAAAAAAAACUGAUAUUUUUACAAUUUUUGAAGCCUUCUUCCUUCCACUUUGGAAUAGGAGCUUUUGGUAUUUUUGGUGUGUUUUUUUUUGGGGGGGGUAGGAGAGAGAGAUAUAUUUAUUUAUUUAUAUAUCCCUGCGGGUGUCCCAGCUGCCCCGCCACAGCAUUUUUUUUGGGGCAAAAUAUAAAGGAUGGCAGCUUGGUUCACUUUUCUGAUCCCAUGCUUCAGUGCGCUCCUAACGCAGAUAUCCGGAUCUGGUGUUUUCGAGCUCGAGCUUUACGAGUUCAAGAAUUUUAAAGGUCUGCUGGCGAGCGGAACCUCAUGCAGGCCGGAUUGCAGGACUUUUUUCCGCGUUUGCCUCAAGAACUACCAGGUGUCCGUAACUCCAGGGAACUGCGUCUUCGGCAGUGCUGUCACCCCAGUGCUGGGAUCCAAUUCGUUCAGGACGGAAGGAGGACACUUGAGCACACCCAUACGCCUGCCUAUCAUUGGAUGGCCGGGAUCAUUUUCUUUGAUUAUUGAGGCCUGGUAUUCACCCUUGGAGGAUCCACCUGUAGACUUAAACAACCCCGACUUACAGAUUAGUUCUUUUGCCAUCCAAAGACAGCUGGAAGUAGGGGCUGAGUGGUCUCAGGAUGUCCAAAGCAGUCAGCAGACGGAGCUAAGGUAUUCUUACCGGUUCAUCUGCAAUGAAAAUUACUACGGAGACACUUGUUCCAAAAUAUGCACGCCCAGGGACGACCGUUUUGGCCACUACACCUGCAACCCAGACGGGCAGUUGUCCUGUCUCCCUGGCUGGAAGGGGAGAUACUGCGAAGAACCGAUCUGCCUUAAAGGCUGCAGCGAAGCUAACGGCAACUGCUCCAGCCCCGGAGAGUGUGUGUGCCGGGAGGGCUGGCAGGGAAUGUUCUGCACCGAGUGUAAGAAACAUCCCGUGUGUAAGCACGGUACAUGCAACAAGCCGGGAGAGUGUCACUGUAAAGAAGGAUGGGGAGGACUCUUCUGUGACCAAGAUCUGAACUUCUGCACCCACCACAAGCCGUGCAUGAACGGAGCCACGUGCACCAACACCGGACAGGGCAGCUACACGUGCACGUGCAGGCCGGGCUACACCGGGGUCAACUGCGAGCUGGAGGUGCGUCACUGCGACAGCAACCCGUGCAGAAACCGAGGACACUGCGUGGAGCUGGAUAAUGGUUACACGUGCACGUGUAUGCCGGGGUUCGAGGGCACAUAUUGUGAGCAGAGCCUCCUGACCUGCGCGGACAUGCCCUGCUUUCAUGGAGGCAAGUGCCAUGAGCGGGACAACGGACGAAGCUAUUCGUGCGACUGUCCUAAAGGAUUUACAGGAUUCAACUGUGAGAAGAGGGUGGACAAGUGUACGACUCUGCCUUGCGCUAAUGGUGGCGCGUGUGUGAUCCAGGCUGGCGGCCGUAAGUGCAGCUGUACUGCAGGAUUUACAGGGCAGCGCUGCGAGAUCAACGUUAACGAGUGCUCCUCGAACCCCUGCGCUAAUGGCGGCACCUGUCACGACGCCGUCAACGGCUACACCUGCUCGUGUGCUCCGGGGUACUCCGGGCGGAACUGCGAUCUCCACAGCGCCACCUGCUCCUCUCAGAACCUCUGCCAGAACGGAGGAACGUGCACCAGCGUCCCAGACGGCCCCCCUGUCUGUCUGUGUCCCAGAGGCUUCACAGGGCCGCGCUGCGACUAUUUCGCCGUCACGCUUCCCAUGCUCCCGAACACCAAGGACACACGGGACGACUUCCAGUGGGCCGCCGUGUCCCUGGGCAUCGGAUUGGUGGCUCUUCUUGUGUUGGUGUGCAUGGUGGCAAUCGCUUUGCGCCACAUCCACAGGCAGUCUGCUGCAGAAAGGACUCAGGACGCCAUGAACAAUCAGUCGGAUACGCAGAGGGACAACCUGAUCCCGACGUCGCAGCUCAAGAACACCAACAAGAAGGUGGACUUGGAGGUGGACUGCGGGCAGGAGAAAUCGAAUUAUAUCCUCAAGAACUACCAUUUGGACUACAACUCGUCUAAAGAGUUUAAGGACGGACAGACGCAAGAGGAUAAAAGUCACAAGUAUGAAAAGUGUUUAGAAGACAAAAUACCGUUGAGUAGAAUGUACAGUGAAAAGCCGGAGUGUAGGAUAUCAACGAUAUGCUCCCCAAGAGACUCCAUGUACCAGUCUGUGUUUGUAAUAGCGGAGGAGAGAAGUGAAUGCGUCAUAGCAACUGAGGUAUAAAAAACGACACAACAGGAGGAUAAAGAUGGAAGAUGCAAGAAGGAGAAAAAACACAAUCAAAGCAGAAUUUUUCUGGAUUGUUUACAACAAAAUAAAAAGAACUGAAAGACUGGAGAUGAAUUUUUUUUUUUUUUUGUGAUGUCCACUGCUGCUCUGAGAAACUUGAGGACGCAAUAGUGUAUGAAGUUUGCUUUUUUCGUGUACAGACGUGUACAGUCCUGGACUCCUACGGUAUGGUUUCAUGGUUUCUAAGGCUUUUUUUUCCCUCUCGAGCUUGUAAUGAAGAAGAAGGAGGGAAAAAAGCAGGACUUACACUGACUGCACUGCAGGAGGACCAGAGGGGGAGAAAAAUGUCUUUGGCACAGAGACGUGGCCCCCUCCCAACAUCGAGCGAGCGAGCGAGCGAGUGAGCGAGCGUAAGCGCUCUCUCUCUUUUUCUCUCUCUCUCUCUCUCUCUCUCUCACGAUCGUGUGGUAAUCAGACACGUCAUCUGCCAACUAAUCACUACGAAGGUGCCAGGGACUUCCAAACCUUCACGCCAGCAUCGUUGCCCGCUAUGCAAAAAAAAAAAAGAAAAAAAAAUAGAAAA